UAGGAUCUUGGAACUGUAGCUGUACUGGCACUGGUAGCAUUUACCCGUGCAUUUACUGGGCAUCUAACAGUGGAAUAGGUAGACCCAAUGUCAAGACCCCUAGGCUUGUUUUGUCUAUUUUUUGUCUCGCCAUUCUCCUCUUCAUAUCAGGAGAUGUGGAACUCAAUCCUGGACCCACUCUUACAGACAAGCCAACAAAAGAUGAGUUAAUUGAGUUAUUGAGUAGCUCAAAGUUUAAUGCUGGUACUUGGGAACAGUUUGUUUGUUAUCUUCCUAACAUGACACAAGAUACUGUUAGUAGCAUUAAACAUAGAGUGGAGGAAUUCUGUGAUAUUCAACCUAGUCCUUUCGAUUACAUGAGUGCUGUAGCUCAAUAUUAUCUUGAUAGCAGUCCUGAUACAAUAACAUGGAAAAGCAUCACUAUUGCACUGUUGAAUGCUGAUGAAAUUAAUUUAGCUCAUCAAAUAUUUGAUAACCUCUCAGAAAGUAGUACAAGUGCUUGCAAGACUACUGUGAAGAGUGUAAUGAGAGCUCAUUAUUACAAGUUAAAAGAAGUUACAGAGAAUUGUCUGGAAAAGGUAGCUGAUAAAUUGUAUAGCAGAGGUUUAAUAAAUCUUGAAGUUCGAAAGAUGCCGACAUUUAAUAAAAUUGAUAUCGAAUUUUCUGCAUUAAUAUCUCUUCACACUAAUCAUGGUAAUGAAUCAGAAUUAGAAAAAAUAUGUGACUCAUUCUUAUCUUGUAUUGCAAGUGUUGGUGGUCCAGCUAAAGAGGAGGCCAUUGCACUAGCAAGAGACUGGAAAAAUAGAAUAUUUAAGAAUCAUCAAAUAUUGUUCUCCCUCACAGAAUUUGAUCCAAAAGUAGUGCAACUUAGCUCUAACGAUAAUUUAGCAAUUGAACUUCAAAACCUACACAAGAAAUAUGCAAAGCUGAUCACUGACAUUAUUACAUAUUAUGCCUCUAGUGGAAAACAUGAUGCAAUUGUUAUUGCUAGGUGGGUUCAAUCCGCUUUUGAUGAAACUGGUUUAGCACGUGAUCAUGUAACUAUUGAUGAAAUAUUUGAGCGAAUGCAACCACAUCAUAGUUUUAUUGACAUUGAUACAAUAAAUGAUCUCAUAGAAAAUUAUCCAAUUGAUGAUGAUUUGCAGGAUAGGUUUGAUAAAUAUAGUGAUGAAGUUAAUGAAUUUAUUGAUUCAGUAAAACUUGAUGACAUUUAUAAAACUAUUGAAGCAGCAGUUAUUGGGGAAAGUACCAAAGGUGAUCCUAAAGUCAUUCUCAAACUGUCCGGAAAAUGGAAUGAUAAAACUAUUGGCCACCUUCACAAGCUAUUGAAAUAUUUAUUCGAUGAAGAAGCAAAAUGUGUUACCAUAAAGAAGUUCUUACGAGGAUCAAUUUGCAUUCAAUUUUUGGUUUCUUCUAACAGAUCAGUCAAAUCUCUCAUUAUGAAAUCACAAGCUAAAUUAAACUUUUUACAUUUUCUUGGUAUAUUUCAACUAAUCGUUGAUAAUCAAACUAUCAUUGAUAGAGAUGAAGAUAUAAGCUUUACAUUUGAAGAAUCACUUUUAGAGUCCAUUGCAAGCAUCGAAAGUAAUGUAGAGUAUAACAGAUUAUCGUUACUUCUAAUAGAACUUAGAAUAAAACUAAAUUACCAGAACACUCAUGGCAAGAAUGCACUGAUGCUAACUAGUGAAGGUGGACACAUUGGAGUGUUUAAAUCAUUGCUACUAAAUGGUGCUUAUCCUUUUGUACAACUACCAGCAAAUGAAGGAUUCAUUGGAUUGAACAGUUUAGCAUGCACUGCUCUCUCUGAGCAUAUAUACAAAUCAAUCGGAGGAGAAAAAAUAAUACCAGAAGCUGGCACUUCAGUUAGAAGAAUGCUCGAAAUGGCUGUUAUGGAGAGAAGAGUUGGUUGGGUUUUUUUAAGGUUUUAUUAUAAUUCAUUCUUAGACAUCAUUGAAAAUAAUUUAAAAGAAAGGUUUCAAUGGCUGCAAAAUUGUUUUCGUGGAUUAAAGAGCGCGUUUCUUGACACAGCCACCAAAACUUUGACCAGCAAAGCCAUGGUAACAGAAGCUAGGCAAAAAUUUCGAUCUUUUAUUGAAGAAGAUGCUGAUUGUGAAAAUGCUCAUCAACUUCUACAGUUGCUCGAGCCUCACUACUCAUAUUGGAACGUCAAUAUUUUGAGAAUAACAAGUGCUAUCACAAAACCUAUCAAGGAACAGUUAAAAGAUUAUGAUAUUAAACUUAAUAUGUUUAAAGAUACCACUACCACUUUGGAGUUUGCAAUAAUGACUGAAGGAAUACCGCACCCUUCUUAUGAUAUUUCCGAAACAAUGACUAUGGUUUUUUCUGGUUGGUCCUCCGUUCGUAUUGCUGCACUGAAUACAAUUGAAAGUUUUUUCUGCUCACCUUAUUUAUCUUAUUUAAAUCUUGUGGAAAUACGCGUUAAUGAUAGCUAUACUACAAUUGUUGCAUACCGAAUGCCUCAAUCAGAGAUUCAGAAAUUUACUAAGAAUUACCUUGAAAAUAGAGAUUCGUUUGGUCAGAUGGUGUCAUCAGUGAUGUAAGGAACAUUCUGCUAAGACAAAGCAAGGUGUGAAGUUUUUGCUUAUGUUUAUCUAUCUAUUAUAAAAAUGUUUUGUAUAUGUAAUUAGAUUUACAGGUUAUAUUAGUUUGUCUUAUAUAAUGUAUAAGUAUGCUGAGUAUUUCCCUUCCUAUAUUAUAUAGUACUCACAAGAGUACAUGUACUCUUCGUACUCAUCAUUUAUACUAGUUCAUUUACAUGCCAAAUAAAACUAUCAAUUAUAA